CUUUUCUUCCUGGCCACUACUAAUUCCGUAAGGGUCUAUAAUCUUAUGGCCCACAGACUGCAGCGCCGUUACAAGGCUCCAGGGGGCAUUACGACAUGCUUAUCCGUGCACACGGAAGGUGAUAAUUUCUUGGUUGGUGACACCACGAGCCACACGCAGUGGUACGAUUGUGAUUUCUCCGACAAGCCGUAUAAGCGCAUGCGCUCGCAUAAGGGGGUGGUCAACGCCGUAGCGUUCCACAACAACACCAACGCCUAUCCACUCUUUGCAUCCGGUGCGUCCGAUGGCCAGGUUCAUGUGUUCCAUGGCAUGGUUUACGACGACUACAACAAGAAUCCGUUGUUGGUGCCUGUGAAGAUCUUAAAGCACCGCCGAGCGGUAUACUCCAUCGCAUGGCAUCCGACGCUGCCGUGGGUCUUCACGUCCACCGAGGACGGUAUUGUCUCGGCAUGGACCGAGUGA